AGUUGAUAAUCGUACUACAAGUGUUGCUGGAGCUUUUGGACCUUUUAUUCAAUUUUAAAGAAAGCUUUUGUCAAACAGGAAAUAACAGACUAGAAACACUCAUACACACUAAAUGAUAUGCAGUCCUUUUUACGUUGUUCAUUGAAUAACUUCAGAAGAAUCAGUUGUAAUUUAAGUUUUUAACAAAUUCAGAUAUAGCAUCUGCUUCAAUAAGAAUUUACUCAAUGAAUGAUUGGUCACAAAAAAAUUAACUUGAGUCUUCUUGCGUUCUUUAAAACUCAAAGAAUCCUAUUUCUUUAACCAGAGCUGCCACUUGCAACCUAUCUUUCCUGACUGAUCUUUUUUUCUGCAUGUUCAUGAGUUAGUGUGUCUCCUUGUGUGCGUGUUUGUGCUUCUUGUUAGUGGGAGUGUGCCUCUGCAGAAUCCUGAUGACUGGAUGUUUAUAGAGGAAUUCCUGCCUUCUCGCCCCUAUUGAAUGUAGUGCCUUUAUGGCCUCUGUGGAACUCCGUUUGUAAACACAAAUUCUGCAACACAAAAGAACAGGAGUGACAAAAUGGCACACAGGAUGGAAGGAGCUGCAUACUUGAAGCAUCUGCUGCAUUUUCAUCUCAACAAACACUGACACGUAUGCAUGUUGACAGGUAUGGGUAAGGGGAGGUUAAAGUCUGUUAAGAGUGUGUAUUGGGGUUCAAAAGAGGAACCAUAAGGGACUGUAGCACAUAGUGUGUAGAAAAUACAGUGUGGGACAGGUAAAAAUGACAGACAGAGCUCAAGCACAGCGUUAUAUAAAAUUGAGCUCUAAAAGUCUGAGUGAUACAUGCAAAAUGUUGCACUGCACCUCAGUUCAAUUCAGUGAUAAUUAUUUUAAAGUCUGGGUGCCCGUAUGUGUGUGUGAGUCGUGUGUAUGUGUGUGUAUUUAAACAUGCACCUCUAUGGCUGCGUGGGAGAAGAGGAAGAGAAUGAGAUGAGUUAAUGGGAUGGAUAGAUAGUGGUGUCUGUGUGUGUGUGUGUGUGUGCGCGUGUGUGUCUGUGUGUGUUUGUGUUUGUGUGUGUGUGUGUGUGUUGUGUGUGUGUGUGUGUGUGUGUGUGUGUGUGCAUGCAUGCAUGCAUCAGGGGGUGGGUGCAUUAGUCCGUGUCAGACAGCAAAGAGUGCUGCAGUUAUCUAGGAAUCUGAGCCAAAGCGACCUCACCAACAGAGAGAGAGCAGAAGGAAGAGAAGAACCAGGAGUAAGGUGAACUGAGCAAAAAAAAAAGAAGAAGAUGAAAGACAAGUAGAAAAAGAAGACAGACGACGAUAACACCAAAGAUCUUAAUAAAAAGAACAGGUCUUGCCACCUGAAUAGGCAGUUAUAGAGCUACAAAGCAAAGAGAAAGUUUGCUGAGAAUCCUCAACAACAGAAAAGAGAGAGGACAAAAACCUUGCAGCUCAGUGGAAGGAAGCUCUCCUCCUGCAGAAAAACUUGGGACCAUUGCUCAAGAGUUUAAAAAAAGCCUGUGUCUUUGAAUAUCCCCAUGAUAGCAUUUGGUUCUCUCGGCUUGUUCACUCUGCUGUCUCUCUAUGUGGGAGCUUUGCUGUCCUCAGAUGCUUCUCCGGCCUGCACAAGCCCUCCCUGCAGGGACACUCUGGUGGCUGUGCCCAUCCAGCCAGCAAUGGGAGCAGGAGUCAGCACUGGUGCCUGUGAGGGUCAAACUGGGUCAUCAGCCUGCAGGAUGGGGUUCUCCCUCCCAGCUAUCUCCAAUGCACCUCAGAGGUUGGAGCACAGGCAUGAAUUUCCCCAGGUUCUGCCAAAGACUGGAGGUGUGAGAGAGCGUCUCGUUCAGCUGCAGCGCUGCAUGCGCUCCCUACAGGAAACAGGGGGCCCCUGGAGUUACGGGGGCCAGGACAGCAACUCUCUAGGGGCCAUCCUGGCUCUGAUGGCAGCUGUACUGACGGAGUGUGACCUCCACUGUCACAGCCAGACUCUUGGGGUGAUGGCCAAACGACUGGAGAGUGCAGCCGUGGGAAGAGAGGGGGAGAAAGAUCUGCUGCUUUUCCUGAAGAGCAUUACACAACAUCCACCCACAGUCCCCCCUCUGGAGAGGUUACAUCCACAGGACUGUGCAGAGAUUUACAAGCUCGGCAUCAAAGAAAAUGGCAUCUACACUAUCCAGCCGGACUUGCACCGACCAGCUUUGGAGGCUAAAUGUGACAUGGAGACAGUGGGUGGGGGAUGGACAGUGAUCCAGAAUCGGCAGGACGGCUCACUGGACUUCAACAAGACAUGGCAGGAAUACCGGGAGGGCUUUGGCAGUCCGCAGGGAGAGCUGUGGCUGGGAAACGCAGCACUUUACGCCCUCACCUCCAAUGGCCAACACCAAGUUCGCAUCGAGCUGGAGGACUGGCACCAGCAGAAGCGCCACGCCAACUACAACAACUUCAAAGUGGCCUCAGAGGCACAGAGGUAUCGUCUGACAGCGCGGGAGUACUCCGGUGAUGCAGGCAAUGCUUUGAGCUACAGCAAACGUUACAACCAUGAUGGCAGAUCUUUCAGUACUGCUGACCGAGACAACGACCGUUACGUAGCCGGGAACUGUGGUCAGUACUAUGGUGCAGGAUGGUGGUUUGAUGCAUGCCUGGCAGCAAACCUGAAUGGACGGUAUUACCCUGGGCGCUACAAUGGGGUGACCAACGGUAUCUACUGGGGUACAUGGUACAUCCUGACAGAUGGCCGAACAGGAGAGCGCUACUCCUUUAAGAGGGUGGAGAUGAAGACAAGACCCAGGAACUUUGCAGGAACAGCCUAAAGAUGAUGACCACAUGUCACAGCACCAUCCUCUAAAGUACAAUAACAGCAUGUCAGCUACAGUUUGGCCCUGGCUUUUUCUUUGAAGGAUGUUUUUCCUCAAUGUAAGGUAGCUUUAAGUCAAUAACAUGCACAUGGCAGCUAAAAGAUUACAGAAUAAAAUAUAUUUAAAAAGAAUCAUAUCCAAGCACUCACUGGAACUCCAUACGACUCUGUAAUAUUCUCUGUUUAUUAAAGGGCUGUUCUUUUGCAAAACCAAAUUGAAACCAUUACUCAGAACAAUGACGCAUAAUAGAUAAUACUGCUUGUUGAAGUUGUUGUUAUAAUACAUUUCCAGAAUAUUUGAUUUACUUUAUAAAAGAACAUUUCAUGAUAAAAAUUAAUAACCAGCAUGGGUGAGGCAUGUAGUCCAGGACCCGGACUCGAGUCCAACACCAGCUCUGAUGUUCAGGACUUGUGACUUGUCUCUGACUCGUGCACUGAUGACAUCAACUUGGACUUCAUAAUUAAAAUUCCAGCUCAUUCAGAAUCCAGUAUUAACUUUUUCUAUAUGUCCAAAUGGUCCCACAAAGUCAGUCGAGGUUCAUAGAGUGAAACAUAAUCAGCGGUGCUCCUCCUUAUAAAUCUAGAGAUCCAUCAGAGCUGCGUUCAACAUUUUAUUUUAGAUGCUUACAGUUCAUCAUUCCUCUCUGGAGAUCUGGAGAGUUUCCUCUGCUUUGGCAACUUGCAAAGUUUCUGAUAUUUGCUGCUGCGAUAUCACUGCUCACAUGGAAACAUUUACAGCUCCUGUAAACAGCUUCUCUAAUCUUUGAAAGUGAAUUCAUGUCAAUACAACACUAUAAAAUCACCUGACAUUUUG